AUGGCGUCGUUCGAUGACCUGGCGUUCAGGGGCCCACCGGCCGCAGAUACCGUAGCGGCGUCAGCGGCGGAGCUCUUUUGCCGAGACUGCAACGAGGCGCCACAGGCCGCGACGCCGGAUGGGAAGCGCUGCUUGGUCUGUGGCUGCGAGCUGGGGCGUCGACAAGCAACCAGAGCGACGCAGAACACCCCCGCUGCUCUGUUUGGCGGCUCCGAGAGAAGUGUGCAAGAACUGCAGGCAAUGGUGAUACGUUUGUUGACGCAGAUUGGCGGCGACUGGAACGGAGGGGACACCGGAGCUCGUCGCCCCGCGUCGGAUGAGGCUGUGAAAAAUCUGGGGUCAUUCGCGGCAGACCAAGCCUCAACCAUUGAGGUGGCAGUUGUGGUGAAGGGCAUAAAGGGCGAGGUGAUCGCAAUUCCGGGAAACUUUGGCCCUUGCGAAUCGCUCAAGGAACGCAAGCUAGUCGUCGCUGAUCCAUUUGACGGUGCCAAACCCUUUCGAAAUGCGAGCGAUAUGAAAGAUAAGAUUGUCGUGAUGGCUCGCGGUGGCUGCACGUUCGCGCGCAAAGUCCUUCGAGCUCAAGACGCGGGCGUUGCCGGUGUCGUCAUCAUCCAAACGGUCGACGUUUGGCCGUACACGAUGACGGACUCUACCGGCGAAAGCAAGGGCGUGACAAUCCCGGCGUUCAUGAUGAGCGCGAAGGUUGGCAACGGCUUUGUGAAGUUCCUCCGAGGCAAGCGCGACGAAGACGUUUCAGCGGACAUUGUCGUGCGGAAGGAUGCGCGCGAGUGCGUUAUUUGCCAGGUCGAAAUGUCCAUCGGCAUGAAGGUCACGCGCAUGCCAUGUCAGCACAUGUUCCACACGGCCUGCCUGCACGAGUGGCUGCAGAUCGGCAACUCGUGCCCAAUCUGCCGCGUAGAGAUCGCCGCCAAGCGCACCGCCCACACCAGCUCGUCAACCUCGCAGAACGCGCAGCAGCGUGGUGACUUUGCGUGGAGCGAGUGGUUCUCUUGA